AGGGGCUUGAUUUUGUGGUUUCGGAAGCAAGAAACUAUGGGGUUCGUUUGAUAUUGAGCUUUGUGAACAAUUGGAAUGACUUUGGAGGCAAAGCACAAUAUGCACAAUGGGCUAGGGAUGCAGGAGCACCGGUUUAUCAUGAUGAUGAUUUCUUUACUCAUCCUGUCCCUAUAGAGUAUUACAAAAACCAUAUCGAGAAAAUUGUAACAAGAAUCAAUACCAUUACUGAAGUUGCUUACAAGGAUGAUCCAACUAUCAUGGCUUGGGAGCUAAUGAAUGAGCCACGUUGCCAAGCCGAUUACUCUGGCAAAACCGUUAAUGCAUGGGUUGAAGAAAUUGCAAGCUUUGUGAAGUCAAUAGAUAACAAACAUCUCCUAGAAAUAGGCAUGGAAGGAUUUUAUGGAGAUUCUAUAGAGGAAAGGAAGCAAUACAACCCUGGUUACCAAGUUGGGACUGAUUUCAUUAGCAACCAUCUCAUUCAUCAAAUUGACUUUGCCAGCAUCCAUGUAUAUGCUGAUCAAUGGGUUCCUGGGCGAAGUGCGGAUGAUCAAAUGGCAUUCAUAGAUAAGUGGAUGAGCAGCCAUUCCCAAGACGCGAAGAACAUUCUCAAUAAACCCUUGGUCAUGGCUGAGUUCGGCAAGUCCAGCCGGAACGGAGGAUUCAACAUCGCCGUCCGGGAUUCCUUCUUGACAAAAGUUUACGGAGAAACUUACAGCCUCGCCAAAGACGGCGGCGCAAUGGCCGGCUGCAUGGUGUGGCAGCUCAUGGCCCAAGGAAUGGGCGGAUGGGAUGACGGCUACUCCAUCGUCCUUCCGGAAAACCCUUCCACCGCCGCCGUCAUUUCCGGCCAGUCACAUGCCAUGGCGGAGCUUGCCCACUCUAUAACCUACCCAGAGUCGCCGGAAAAGGCCGAUAGCUGGGUUACGAGAAACAAGGACCGUUUCGAGCUUGACGGGUCGCCGUUCCUAUUUAACGGUUUCAAUUCCUACUGGUUGAUGCAUGUUUCCAGUGACGUUGACCAACGGUCAAAAGUGACGGAAGUUCUUGAGGCCGCUUCGGCUGUUGGGCUUUCCGUUUGCCGAAGUUGGGCUUUCAGUGACGGAAGCCAAUACAACGCCUUGCAAACUUCUCCGGGCGUUUAUGACGAGCAUGUCUUCCGAGGACUUGAUUUUGCGAUUUCGGAAGCAAGGAAAUAUGGGGUCCGUUUGAUUUUGAGCUUUGUGAAUAAUUGGUACGACUUUGGAGGGAAAGCACAAUAUGCAAACUGGGCAAGAGAUUCAGGUGUACAAGUUGAUAGUGAAGACUCCUUUUACACACAUCCAGUUCUUAUCGGCUACUUCAAGAACCAUAUCAAGAAAAUUGUAACAAGAAUCAAUACGAUCACUGGAGUAGCUUAUAAGGAUGAUCCAACCAUCAUGGCAUGGGAACUCAUGAACGAACCUCGUUGCCAAGAAGAUUACUCUGGGAAAACCGUAAAUGGUUGGGUUCAAGAGGUAGCAAGUUAUGUGAAAUCACUAGACAAGAAUCAUUUGUUGGAGAUAGGAAUGGAGGGCUUUUAUGGAGACUCAGUGCCUGAAAGAGAGAAGUUUAACCCUGGUUAUCAAGUUGGGACUGAUUUUAUAAGCAACCAUCUUGUUGAUGAAAUUGACUUCGCCACCAUCCAUGCAUACACAGAUCAAUGGGAGUCUGGAGAAACUGAUGACGAGCAAAUGGAGUUCUUGGAUAAGUGGAUGAAGAGCCACUGGGAAGACGCGAAGACGGUACUGAAGAAGCCAUUGGUGUUCGCUGAAUUCGGCAAGUCGAGCCGAGAUGGAGGGUUCAGCAUCGAGGGGCGCAACUCUUUCCUCAGCAAGGUUUACGAAAACACAUGUGAGCUCGCCAAGGACGGAGGGACCAUGGCGGGGAGCAUGGUGUGGCAGCUUAUGGCACAUGACAUGGAUGCAUGGGAUGAUGGGUAUUCCAUUGUCUUACCCCAAAACCCAUCCACUGCCAGUGUCAUUUCCAAGCAGUCGAAGGCUAUGAAGGAUUUAGCUGGUGAACUGGGUGACUGCCAAUAUGAUUCAAUCUAGCAGUCUCAUAGAAAAAUUUGGCUGGGUUUAAUUCUUUGAGGACAUUAGUCCAAUAUUCCAAUUGUAUUGCCUAUAAUAACUCUAUACUCAAACUUAAAUAAGCAAUAAAACAAUGUAUAAUCAAUAUA